GACAGCAAUAGGCUUAGCAUCCCCAGUGUCGAUAUGAUGUAUAACUCCUUUAGCUCUACCUGUAGUGUUACUGAAAAUGUCUUUAUAAUCUUGUAGGAUCUGCUUAACCUCCACCUGCUGAUUAAGGGUUAAUGUAGGAGCUAUCUUUAUUUCUUGUAGAUUGCACAAUUGCUCCCCUCUCCCUUCCCAGCAUGUUAUAUCGGCUUCAUCUGAUUUGUCUGCCUCAAAACAAUUAACUAAAUCAGCAUCUUCUUUCUGUUCUUGGGCAAAACUGUGUUUUUGGCUUUUUACAAAAGGGACUAGCAGGGCUUGGUUUUCUCCCCUCAGAGUUCUGUUCCUCAGCUCUGUCUCCUUGGGUAACAGUAGCAUUCCCCUCAGCAUCGGGUGACGGUUGACCCCCCCCCCCGGAGCGAGUAACUACAAAAGAACUCUGUACAUGCUCUAAGAGAUCCCAUCCAAUCAGCACAGUAGUAGGAAUCUCCUCAGAAAUAGCAACCUGCCACUUCCCUGACCAAUCUUGGAAUUUAAUAUGGAUUUCUGCAACUGGUAAUACCUCAGGGUGUUUAGAAAUUCCUUUUAAUUAACAUAACUUUCCCUGGAAUUAUUUUGGUGGGACAGAUGAUCUCUGGGUGGACAAUAGUGACUUGAGACCCGGUGUCUUUUAACCCCAGAAAUCUCUUCCCUUCAAUCCAAAUAUCUUCCCCAGCAUUUUUAAAAGAAGAUUAUCUUGUUUUAUAGCAUAGCAAUGUGCCACUUUAGCCUCCACUACUUCAGCAGGCUUCGGCCUGUCCUGACUAGCUUGGCUCUCCUCAGCUUCUUUGAUACAAAAGGUUUUUCUUUGAGGGCUUAUAUUACCAGACUUUUCUCCUCCAGAUCUACAAUUAAACCUUUUGUGGCCAAAUUUUCCACAUCCCCAGCAUUGAACUUCUUUGGGAUUUGUAUAGUUUGUUUUCCACCCUUUCUUCUCAGUGAGACUGGCGUUGGCUUGGGCCUUGUCAUUUUGCCCUUUUGACAAUGGCCUAUCUCCCUUGUCUUUCUCUGAAGAGGGGUUUCCCUUUGCUUGUUGGAAUUUAUUUCUGUUAGUCCCCCACACUUUCCCGCCAAAACUCGGUUCAUCAAACCUAUGGUCCCUUAUUUCGUUUAUUUGGUCAGCUAAGUUAGCGGCUUCUUGAAGUGAUUGAGGGUGUCUUUCCUUUAUAAGAUGUUUUAAUUGGCUGUUUAUUGUUUCAUAAAAUUGUUCCAGAGCAAACACUUCUCUGAUUUUUGGAACAGAGUCUGCCCUCUCCUGUUCUAACCAUUUUGUGAGGUAGUUUGAGAUUUUAGCCCCAAGCUGAGCGUAUGUCUCCUCCCUCACUUUAGUCACACUUCUGAAUUUCUUUCUCAGUUGUUCUGAGGUAAUCCCAAACCAGGUGUAUAUUAGUUGCUUAAAUAUCUCAAAAUUCUUGGAAUCGGUCCCCGACAUUUGAGAAUAAAUUAGGGCUAAUCACCCACUGAUCCUGGCUCUAAGGAUCGUCAUCUUCUCCUCAUCUUUCACUUGAAAGUCUUGACAAGCUCUUUCAAAUGAUAUAAUGAAAGCCUCAGGGCAAUCUUUUUCCUUAAACUCAGGAAAGCGCUUUAAAUCUACCUUCACUUGAGUUGGACUACUGGUGUUGUUACUAUCAUUUUGAUUCUCCAUAGCUGCUAAUUCCAGUUUCCUCAUUUCCAACUGAAAUUGCAUUCUUUCGCUCUCACUUUCAGCCCUAAUUCCUUCGCUCUCCUGCUCAGCCUUAAGUCUUUCGCUCUCAGCUUUAAUUCUUUCUAUUUCUUGUGCAGAUCUAAUCUUUUCUAAUUCCAAUUUAUAUUCUUGUUCUAACUUCCAUUUUACAAAUUCUUCAGAGAAUUUUGGACCUUCUGCCUCAGGUUGAAUAUUAGUUACAUUUUCUAAACUCUGCUCUUCUCUCUGAGGAUUUCCAUUCUCCUCUCCUUCAGAGCUUUCAUAAGUUGUUUCCCUCACAGGGUUUCUUAUCUUUUUGGGUGGCAUGUUGUGUGAGUGAGAAUUAUCAAUAAAUUAACAAAUAAGAGAAAUUUCCUCUCAGUACUCUUCUUUCUGGCUAGGCUUCUCUCAAGACUCUGGUCCCAAAGGUCUGCUAUGGGUUUUCUCUCUAACCCUUCAAGCUUCAUUCCUCUGACCACGAGCCUAAGCCCUCUACCAGAACAGACUUUGAGCUCUCUUUCUCUUUGUUAUCUUGGCUUUGCAGCUUAUCUUGGGUACCUCACAACUACACCCCCGGGCUAGGUAAUCCCUUCACAGAUUUACCCUUCCCCCUCCAAGUGUAUUGUUUUUCCCACCAAAUCCCACCACUUGCCUACCACUUCUGUGGUGACAGGUAGUGAUGUUAUUCCACCGAUGUUUUAUCCCACCGCUACACCACCAAUUUUGUGGCGAUCACACAGGGCCCCCGGACAUUUGACGGUCUAUUGACCCUGUGCCACCAUUGUGAUUGCUUUCUUCGCUGCCACCACCCAGCUUCUCACGGGGACACACGGAGUCGAGACAGUUGUUAACAUUAACAAAUAAUCAAGUUUAUUUUUAAAUGCAGGAACAAGCGUAUGGUUUCAGUUUAUUUUUCUCUUGUCAGUUUCUUAAUCUUAGUUCCUAACAACUCCAAACUGAUUAUUCCCAACUAUCUAUCUGAUUCCAUCUGACAAUUCCUCUCACUCUCUCACAAUACAACUCUACCAACCCACACCUAAUCCUCCCUCUUCCUUCUUCAACUCCCAAACCUCAACUCUCAACUCCCAAACCUCAACUGACUUUCAAAGCCUCCCACUCUAAGUUUUACUCCCCCCUUGCAUUCUUACUGGCCAAUCACAUCACACCCAUUUUAUCCCUUUCCUAUGACCCAUCCUAGGAGGCAAACGCCACACUUACUUACUUACUUACUUACUUACUUACUUACUUAAUAUACCGCUUUAUAACUGGGGGUCUCAGGGAAGUUCACAGAAUAAAAUUAAGAAAUAAUACCACAAAAUACCUAACAAAAAUAAGAAGCAGCUCAAUACCCCCCCCAAAAAACCCACAUAGUCAAAUAUAAAAUGCAAAUAAUUAACAGGAGAAUACAAUAUUAUUUCAAGCUGGCUGACACGUUGUCAUUAGAAACUCCCAGGCAGCCCAGGCACUCCCAGGCAGCCCUGACCCCUUCCCUUAAGAACAAAAUAAAACCCUUAAAACAGACACACACACACACACACUAAAACAAUAAAGCAAUACAAACCAAAGACAGUAAAAAUUUCAAACAUACCAAAAUUAAACAAAUUCCCGAACCUGACUAAACAUCCACCACAACCCCAAAUAAAAUAAAAGGGAAUUUUUAUUUAUUUAUUUAUUUAUUUAUUAAGAACUCUGCGCUGUUCUGAGUCCUCCUAGUCAGGAACAGCAGCAGCAGUAGCCGUCCUCAUGAGGCCUGUCAGGCCCCGCCCUGGGCCAGGUGGUGAGUGGCAGGAACGGGGCCUUUAAGCAUUCAUGCAUGGGAGACUCUCCAUUGAAUUUUGAUGGGGGAAUAGGGGGGUGUUUCCUGACCAUUUCUGUGUUUCUGUCUCCGCCCUUGAGAUUUCGGCAUUUUGAUAAUUGUUCUUCCCAGUUAUCGGUGUUGGGAGGCUGCCCCUGGCAGGUCCUGCGCAGUCUGUCAUGAGUUAUAACUUAACCGGCAACUAAUGUUGACUUGGGACAAUCUGUCAGGACGCUGUCAGCAGCUCCUUGCUGUUUCCCCAGGAAUCCAUAGAAACAAGGAAUCCUUUUUUAUUUCAGACUUUACAGAGAGAGGGUAUAGGACCCAGCCUCUUGGAUAAUGAUGUUGUCCCCAGUGAAUCUCUACCUCUUGUCUCUCCCACUUCCUCGUUUGUCAUCAUCAACAUCAUCUCCUCUACGGGUGCCGCUAAGUGUCCUCUGUCUUCAAAGUCUUUGCUCUCCUACUUUUAAGUCCUGCCGGGUUCUGGGAGAUGGAGGGUCUGGGCUGUUUUCUAAUGACAACGUGUCAGCCAGCUUGAAAUAAUAUUGUAUUUGUUAUGUACUGAAGUUCUCACCCUGGGCCAGCAGGGGGAUACUCUAGAUAGUUAUGCAAAUGAAGGAUCGAAAGUGACAUUCAGUGAUUGGAUAGUUUGUAUGCAAAUGAAGGAUCGAAGGUGACGUUCAGUGACUGGAUAGUUUUAAAAGGUGCUACCGUUCCGUUGUUCUGGAGCUCUAUAUAAGCAGGCUGACUGAGCACUUCAGCUCAGUUCUGUUCUGGCCUCUGAAUAAUCAAGAGCUGUUUGAAGAUUCGCUGUGUCGUCUUGAUAUGUUUGCCCACAACUCAACAGUAUUCUCCUGUUAAUUAUUUGCAUUUUGUAUUUGACUAUGUGUGGGUUUUUUUGGGGGGGUAUUGAGUUCCUUUUUACUUUUAUUAGGUAUUUUGUGGUAUUAUAUCUUAAUUUUAUUCUGCGAACUGCCCUGAGACCCCCAGUUAUAAAGCGGUAUAUUAAAUAAGUAAGUAAGUAAGCGGGUGGCGCUGUAAGGGACGCGGGUGGCGCAAUGGGUUAAACCACAGAGCCUAGGACUUGCUGAUCAGAAGGUCGGUGCUUCGAAUCCCUGCAACGGGAUGAACUCCCGUUGCUCGGUCCCUGCUCCUGCCAACCUAGCAUUUCUAAAGCACGUCAAAGAGAAGUAGAUAAAUAGGUAUCGCUCUGGCGGAAAGGUAAACGGUGUUUCCGUGCGCUGCUCUGGUUUGCCAGAAGCGGCUUAGUCAUGCUGGCCACAUGACCCGGAAGGUGUAUGCCGCCUCCCUCGGCCAAUAAAGCGAGAUGAGCGCCAGAGCCCCAGAGUCGGCCACAACUGGACGUAAUGGUCAGGGGUCCCUUUACCUUGAGUAAGUAAGUAAGUAAGUAAGUAAGUAAGUAAAUGGCUUAGUCAUCCUCUACGGUGGAAAGGAGAAGGGAAAGGACAGGCUGGCCAAUUAUUGUUGUGAAAGGUGCUCUUCGUUCAGGUAACCGCAAGGGUCCAGCCAAGAUUUAUUUUAGGGGGGCCUAUGAAGUUGUGCCUCCGUUUCAUGCUCUUCUGAAUGAACUUUCCUUUCACUUGUGGACCAUGGUAUCUGUUCUCCCUCUAUACAGGAUUUGGCCUGUUACAAACCGAUUAUAUCUGCCUCCUGUUGAUGAUGUCCUGCUGUCUUCACUGACAUUGGGAGCUGGCCACCACUGUAUAAUUGUUGCAGAAGGGAACUUCUGCUUGGCGAAUGAGAAUCAAACAAGUGUCCAGAGGAAAGUAUCAUUUCUCCUCCCCACGCCCUGCCCCUCUUGUAGCAUUUUUUUGAUCAAUCAUUUUCAGGAGCCUCUGAUCUGAGUAGCUUUAGGCUACCACCCUAAAUGAACAUCCCUUCUCGGAUUUCGGCAAAGGGAGCCAGUGAACUGAGAAAAUAGUUUCAUUAUGUAUAACUUGGAAAACUUUUAUGAUGCCUGCUAACAUGAACAACAGGUUUCUUUACAAGUUGAGGAUCAUUUAUCUGAUUCCAGUUUAACCUCCUUUAAUAUAGCAUUUGUCUGCUAUAUCCAUUUGAGUUUUCCAUUAAAACUUUAUUAUUUCAUCCAUUAUGUAAAAACUGCAUCGAUACAAACUCAUCUCUCCUCCCUCCCUCUUCCCAUCCAUGUCUUAGAGCCAUUCUAUUCCUUCAGAAACAGAAUUAACCAAAACAAAAUUCAUUAUAGUCAUUAUGUAGGUUGACUAUACAGCCUGCAAGAUUUACAGUUGUCUUAAUUUGGUUUUUCAUUAAUUAAACAACCACUGGCAGUACAAAGUAUCUCUAAUGCAACCUUUUUAUUACACAGAAUGUCAUUUUCAUAGAGCAGUGAGUACUAGCUACCUGUUCCAUUCGUUACACAAAGCAUCAAUUACUUAAGUGGUCCCUGAAUACAUCGUCCUGUGAUUGCAAGCUUAAUUGGUUGCGCAGCCAGUUGUUUUCAUAUUUUGUCCAUUGCAAAAGACACCUAUGGCAGAAUCAGCCUAGGGCGGCACUUCCCGUUUUGCCCCAAAUGGCAGCCCAAAAUCAGUGCUGAUGGUACUGGUGCUUCUCCUCCACUGGCAGAAGCAGCAGGGCAGGAGGGGCACCCAUGGGCAUUCUGCCUGGUUGGGGGCUUCUGCCACCUGGAGCAGUGUCCUCAACUGCCUCAAGGCUUGUUCGGCUCUGGGAUCAGCCCUGUCUUUGGUUGCUUUGCUCUGUGAGGUUUUGCCAAUUCUUCUUGGUCGAAUUCUUCAAUCACAUGGUAUUUGAUUGUUCAGAUUAAUAUGCAGUUUCAUCUAUUGUUUAUCUCAGUGGAAAGGGAUACCAUAACUGUCCAUCCUAAAACUUCAAUAUCUGCUGGACAUUUGCUCAGUGUGAUCUUCUCCCCUCCAUCUUGUUUGAAUAGCUGAGGAUUAAAAGGUACAGGACCCUUGACAGUUAAGUCCAGUCGCAGACGACUCUGGAGUUGCGGCGUUCAUCUUGCUUUACUGGUUGAUGGAGCCUAUACGUUUGUCCGCAGACAGUUUUUUUGCGUCAUGUGGCCAGCAUGACCAACCCGCUUCUGGUGAAAUCAGAGCAGUGCACGGAAACACCGUUUACCUUCCCGCCGGAGUGGUACCUAUUUAUCUACUUGCACUUUGACGUGCUUUCGAAUUGCUAGGUUGGCAGCCGCAGGGACCGAGCAACGGGAGCUCACACUGUAACGGGGAUUAGAAUUCCCAACAUUUUGAUUGGCAAGUCCAAGGCUCAGUGGUUUAGACCACAGCGCCACCUGCGUCCGUUAGCUGAGGAUUAGGUUCCAUGUAUUCCAUGCAAAAUGUCCCACAUUCAGUUCCAAGCACCUUGCGCAUGAAAGCACCAGGCCUGAGCAUGAAAUGAAAUGAAACCUCAAAGCAGAGAAGGUUAACUCAUCAGCCUUUGGAUGUUUCUGAUCUGGAGAUCCCAUCACCCAUGAUCUUUAGCCAAAAAUAACAGCGACUCCAUGGAGCUCAGGACAGAAGAGUGAAGCAGCUUCAGAAACAGGGUUGGGAAGGGGGAAAGGGGGCUUAGUCAUCUCCUAGGGUGGAAAGGAGAAAGGAAAGGACAGGUUGGCCAAUUAUUAUGGGGUGCAGAGUGGACAUGGCAGGUGGAGCAAGCAGAGAAGCAGAGCCCCUCAUGUUUGAAAAUAUUUUUGUAGCCUCUUCUUUGCUCAGUUUGGGUAGAUUUUAUGGAAUUCUAUGCAAAUUUAUGGCAUAUGUUUUACAAAAUAAAAUUUUGAUUUGUCUCUUCCACAGGUCUGCCAAUAAAUUUGGGGUAUAUAGUUUCUAAUUAGUGGGGAAAAUAUUCUUGAUGUAAUAUAGAGCCUUUUAUUCUGGGUAGUCCUAGGGGCUCUGAUGGCUUCAGUUCCAGGCUUUAGUUUCUCUAUAACUAAUAAGCCAUGUGUGCCUCACUUCCUGCUGUUGUGUUUUGUGGACUGACACCCUCCACUCAUGAGCAAAUAUCUGGAUAAGCAGAUUGACCAUUUCUUCUUGUGAAUGUAGCAAGGGUGGUAAACACCAGUGGCCAGUGACAAGGGGUGGGGUGGGGAGUAGGAGUUGGGAUGCCACAGCACCCAGAGCGUCACAGAGCCACUCCUGUUCAAAGGGCUGUGGAGUUGUUCCUCUCUUUCAUUCUAUUGUGAAUCAACUUCCUUCUCCCCACUUAUGUUUGUUUCUCUCUUUGCACAGGAUCUGCAGAGUACCAGGAACCUAAGAAUGCUAUGCAAUGCCAUAGUGCCAAGGGUACUUGCUACCCUAUACGUUGUCCCAAUAAUUAUAAAAGGAUUGGAAAGUGUAUUUAUAAUUAUUUCUGUUGCCAAAGGUAAUUUCAGCUUACCAAAAGAGUAUUACACCCUCCACUCAUGAGCAAAUAUCUGGAGAAGCACAUCUACCAUUUCUUCUUGUGAAUGUAGAAAGGGUGGUAAACACCAGUGCCCAGUGGCAAGGGGUGGGGUGGGGGGUAGGAGUUGGGAUGCCACAGCACCCAGAGCGUCACAGAGACACUCCUGCUCAAAGGGCUGUGGAGUUGUUCCUCUCUUUCAUCCUAUUGUGAAUUAACUUCCUUCUCCCCACUUAUGUUUGUUUCUCUCUUUGCACAGGAUCUGCACAAGACGAUGAACCUCAGAAUCCUAGGCAAUGCUUUAAAACCAAUGGUAUUUGCUUCCCUCUAGGUUGUCCCAAUAAUUCUAAAAAGAUUGGAAGGUGUAUUCAUAAUUAUUCCUGUUGCCAAAGGUAAUUUCAGCUUACCAAAAGAGUAUUACACCUCCUGCACUUCUCCCAUUAGCCUCUGGAUUGAUCAUUUUAAGUACCCAAUGCAGAGUCCCCUAAACUGAUCAUCCUUUGCCUGCAAGCUCAAUUGCUCCAUUGCAAAAAUAAAAAUAAAAAUACCUAUGCCAGAAUGAGCCAAGGGUGGCACAUCCCAUUUUGCCGCUUGAUGCAAAAUGGUAAUUGCUGCUUUGCCAUUCUGCCAGGACGGCUCCUAAGCCCAUCUACCUGCUCCUCCUGCCAUGGCCUGAUCUGCCACUGACACACACCAUACCCUGUUGGUUGCAGGCACAGAAGUGGCACUACCAUUGUUGCCCAUUUUAAGCAAGAUGUGCCGAGUUCUUUCACCACAGGCAGAACCAGCGGGGCAGGAGGGGCACCAAUGGGUUUGUUGUCUGAGGGGCUUCUGCCACCAGAAGCAGGGUCCUCACCUGCCUCAUGGCUGGUCCAGCUGUCUUUGGCCCCUUUGCCCUCUGAGCUUAUGCCAGAUCUCCUUUGCCAAAUCCCUAAACCACACCAGAUGGGCACAUUUAAUUUGUUGUGCAGCUUCAUCCAUUGUUUAUCUCAGUGCCUAAGGGAUGUCUAUUCUGCAGCUUUAACAGAUGCUGGGCACUUACUCUGUGUGGUGUCCUGCCCUCCACCAUUUAAGAUUACCUCAGUUUCACAUCCCAUACAUUCCAUGCAAAUCUCCCACUUUCAACUCCAAGCAGCUUCAUUCUUAUUUUAUCUUUUAAAGAAAGAACCUGAGGCAGUAGACUUUUGUCUUGGGUGCAUACAGAGAAAUUAGCAACUGGACUGAAGGAAUCCCAGGGUGCCAGUAUCUCUCGUGUUUCUCAAAACAUUGUCACAAAAUUGUGAGCAAGCUUCCUGUUAACCCUGAACUCUUCUUCAGGGCCACAAAGACAACAAAUCCCUGCCGUGAAUAACAUCCAGUCUGCAGGAGAAUAUUGGAGACCUUGAAAGCUCCCUCACUAUUCUGUGACAUAUUUAAUUGUACCUAAAAAAGAAAGUCCCCCAAGGGUAAGGAUGGGCAAGAGAUUGGAUUCAAUUCUCAUUGAAAGGUGAAUCUAUGUAAUUCAUAGUUACUGGAAAUGAAAAACUGAAACAGACCUAUCCCUACCCAAUGGCUUAUUAUCAUGAAAUCUUUCUUGUGGUCCAACAUGCCUUGCUUUGUGUUUUCGUGUCUCAAACAUGGUCACUUUGCUAUGAAACUGAGUUAACUGUUGUCUUUUUGUUGCUGGUUUCUAUGUUUUAGACGGGAGGAGUGAUAGAUGCCUUUGAAAAGUGGAAGAUGCUCCCUCUCUUUGAGAGCCGCUGGAUCCCGCUUGAUCCCCAGCUAGGGACUUCUUCUCCAAAGCAUCCAGAUUGAAAAAGCAACAUUUUCAAGGCUUACAUGAGCUUGUGCCUUGCAAUAAAAGCAGAUCCAAAAGCCUUUUCCCUCUGUUUUUCAUUUCUAAGCAUGAGUGUAUUGCUAGUGAAGCCAAAAUGGCACCUUACAUCCAUGAGGCGGAGGUUUCAGCAGGCAUGGUUGUGCAGAGGCCUAAGACGUCAUUACAAAGGAAAACUAAAAGGGGGUGAGGAUCUCUCAAAACAGUCUAGCGAGUAGGACUGGACCACAAUGUGGAAAAUGAAGAGUGACAAAAUAUGGAGGGUGGAAUGAGAGGGAGAAGAAAUUCUGUUCACUUUCCCUUUAAAUGGUAACCAAACUGAGUUGCACUCUUUGAAAAAGUAUGCCAGUUGAAAUAUAGUCAUCCUUCCAAAUUCACAGGUCUUUGAAUUUCGGGGUUAUUAAACUGACCAGACCAGAUCUGGAAGUUUCCUCUUAUAGAUUCUAGGCCCCUCCAGCCACAGAAUUACAGGAUGGGAAGUAGCCCAGGCUUUUACAGAAACUAGCUCCACAAAGCCCACUCAUUACAGUAUAUUAGGCAUAAUUGCGUGCACAUGUGCCUACCAGGAAGAAUUCUUCAUCCUAGGAUCCCAUGGCUCCCAGUCGGGUGAGAUAAGAGAAUGCACAUCCAUUCCUCUCUAUGGCAACAGAGCUCACUCUUUUAAGAUGUAAAUGGUGGGUACUUAGCUGAAUGGCUAUACAUAUAACUUAAUCUGUUCCGGAAGUGCGUUCCAAAACCAAAACGUUCCAAAACUAAGGUGCGCUUUCCCAUAGAAAUGAAUGCAAAAUGGAUCAAUCCAUUCCAGACUUUUAAAAACAACCCCUAAAACAUCAAUUUAACAUGAAUUUUACUAUCUAAUGAGAGCAUUGUUUCAUAAAGUGAAAACAAUCAACAAUGUACUGCUAACCCACAAUCAAUCAAUCAGUAGCUGAACUGUGUUCCAAACAUUCAGAAAAACAAUUCCAAAAAGUGCCUCAAAAACAAAAAGGCAAAAUAAAUAGGAAAAAAGACAGUCCUCAGCAUAACACUCGUAAUGCAAGCGUAACACUCAAAAUGGAGCAAAACUCCAAGAGAGAGAAGUGUGAGGAGGAGGAAGAUGUAAAACAGGAUGAAAGCUAAGGUGUAUCAGCCUAAACAACAAAGAGAUUCAGAGGUCCUCUGAGAGGGGAGGAACCACACCACUCUAAGGGUGAAUCAACAAACAGGGGGAGAAAUGUCGGGAAAUCUACUGUUGAGACGUGGAACUGUCAUUUUUCCAACUUGGCAUACAGCCAGUGUAGCCUUAUUGGAGUUCACCGACUGGGUCUGCGUUGCUCCGGGACAGGAGGAAGGAAGUCAAAUGACACCGAGUUGGUUCAAAGAAAGAGUUUAUUCAGCUCUCUGGAUAGCAGAAGGCACUUGCUUGAUCAAGUCCACAGCAAGUCCAAAGAAAUGACAAGUUUCAUGCAGUGUAUAUAUAUCCUCCAGGCAUCCUCUCCCCCUUCCCCAGCCACGUCAACUUGUAUACGCAAGUAGACAUCACAUAUGUUCCUGCUCUGGUACUCUCAACCAUAAAAGGAUCUUCCUCUUCCUACUCUUGUCUGGGAAGAUGUCAUAAUCUCCGGGAACACGCUUUUGGUGUUUUUCCCGGACGUUGGUCUUGCGCGUAUUUUGUGGUCAGCACAUAAGAUAAAGUUCUGACGUGUUUUCUUUGUUCCCUUAGAGAGCCAAGGCCAUCCCUUGCCGUGACUGAUAAAGGAGAGAGCUUGUUUAUGUUUUUGCUCAACAGCUCAAGUUUUACGCACUUAAAAGUGCUCUCUUUUGAAAGAACAAAAAGGGGGGGCGGGUUUGAGUCAGUUUUAAACUUACUACACAGAAACCCAUUCCUUCAUUCCCUCCUCUUCUUUUGGACAGCCUUACGGCUCAUCCCAAGGCACUGGCUGGUAUUCUCAUGUCAGUGUUAUAAUCUGGGGCCGAAUCAUUUGUGACAUCAUUUUACGCAUCAUAUUUUGCAAGCAUUGCAUUUAAGCAGGGUAUACAGGAGUGUCGGAGCCAGCCGUAACAAGUGGCGCAGUUUAGCAUAAAAUAAAGACACAGAGAGCCAGCAAUAUUUUCAGGAUGGUAUGAGCAGCUCCUUUCGAACUUCUCUCUCCUCCCGUAGCUUUUUUAUUAUCCUUUGUCUCUCUCCAGCCGCAUGGCCGUUUGCCAAUGUCUCACGUUACCUCAUCCGGUCAAGGCUUUUAUUACACCCAUCACCAUAUAGGGUCAUCACUGCCCAGAGGAAACACAACUCCAUUUAAGGUCAAUACAUUCCAAUACAUUGUAAAGCUCAGAGUGCUGGUCAGCCGAGGUCAGGGGGCACCCUGCAAUAUUACAAGCCUUUGCCGUGGCUUUAUGACUCCCACACAGGAGCAGAAAAGAAGCAAGAUUAGUCCAUUAACAUCAUUAUAAGUCCUCUAUAACUCAUAAGCCAUGCAUGCCUCACUUCUUGUAUGAGAAGGAGGUGUCAGCAGGCAUGGUUGUGCAGAGGCAUAAAAUGUCCCCCCUCCACCUUGUUUAGAUAGCUCAGGAUCUAAGAUAGCUCCCAUAUAUUCCAUGCAAAGUGUCCCACUUCCAGUUCCAAGCACCUUGGGCAUGAAAGUACCAGGACUGGACCUGAACCUGUUGCCCUUUGGAUGUUUCUGAUCUGGAGAUGCCAUCACCCCCAAUCUACAGCCAUACUGACAGCGACUCCAGGGGGUUUUAAACAGAAGAGUCAAGCGGCUUCAGAAACAGGGUUGGGAAGGAGAAAGGGGGAUUUGUCAUCUUUUAGAGUGGAAGGGAGAAACGAAAAGACAGGCUGGCCAAUUAUUAUGGGGUGCAGAGUGGGAAAUGGCAGGUGGAGGAAGCAGAGAAGAAGAGCCCCUCCAGUUUUGAAUUAUUUUUUAAGUUGUCUUGAGUUUUGUUUGAAAAAGGUGUCUGAGAGAUAUGGUGGUGGUGAGUUAGGAAGAGGAGGAGGAGGAGGAGGAGGAGGAGACAUGUGAAAAUUUCCCUUCCUUCAAGUAAGCUGAAGAGUCCAUCAAUUCACCUUUGAAAUCUCCUUGCCCUGCAUGUGCCCACUCAACCUCUUCAAUUGGUCGACUUGGAUUAUUUUUUUUAAGAACUGUUUGAUGCUAUUAUGACUACAACUAAUAAUAAUUUUGGGAUAUGAGCCUGUGAAAAUGCUCUUCCUUCAGGUAACUGCAAAGAUCCAGCAAUCUGGUGGGGACAGGUGAAGCGUGAGUUAUUUACCUGAGGGAUAAAUCCCCUGGGCAUUGUAUCCUCCUCAUAAAAUUUUCAUUUGAUCCAAGCUAUUUCAUUCUGAAACAUGACUGCGGCAGAUCUGGAUGUUAAAAUCCCCUAGGACAACCAAACUAGGUGUCUCCAGGAAGCAGCUCAGGCAGGGAAUCCUUGGUGCAGCGGGGAGGUCAGUACACCAAAAGGAAUCCUGUACUGCCCCUAUUGCACAACUCCCAGAACAUGAACUCAGAAAACUGGGUCUUCACAAUAGGACGCCUGGUGCAGACUAACGACUUCCUAAAAAUCCUGGGGAAGCCAGGAGCAGCAAAGAGAGAACUGCCAAGCAUAGGUGAAGGGUCUUCAUGGUACAGGAUGAGUUGACGUGGCAAAGCUGAAUGCCAGCAUUUAAGCCAAAUGGAGCCCCAAAGGUUGCCAAGAGAAGGCAGGGAGAGAGAGGGAGAUAACAUUUCAGUCAGGAGCAGCAACGUUCUAAGAUUUCAUCAGCUACAUACUCAGAGUCCUGGUGGACUGUUUUGAUAACAUUUUGAUUUAUUCAGAGAAUCAAGAACAGCAUAUACAUCAUAUGAAAGAUGUGCUUCAGAGGUUGAAAAAAUGUGCUUCAGAGUUGAAAAAAUAACAGUUCCACUUCUCAACAGUAGAUUUCCCGACAUUUCUCCCCCUGUGUGUAGAUUCACCCUUAGAGUGGUGUAGUUCCUCCACUCUCAGCGUACCUCUGAAUCUCGUUGUUGUUUAGGCUGAUACACCUUAGCUUUCACCCUGUUUUACAUCUUCCUGCUCCUCCUCACACUUCUCUCUCUUGGACUUUAGGAUUAGAAGUCACCUCCAAACUCUACGCUAGGAGAUCAAAGGAGAAACAGGCCAGCCACAGCACAGAUGGGCAAGAGAGGCCAGCAGGCUGUGGCCUUCAGGGCAGGACACAAGGGGGAGAGUUGGGGACACUGAAUUAUAGUUGUGAUUCUUGGAAGAAGAGAAACAGAUGGAGUCUCCCCAUUGCUUUCUCCAUAUAGGGUCCCUUGCUGUUCUCAAGAAAUCCUCCCAAAUUCCUUCCAUGAAAAUAGGGACAUCCUGUUUUAUUAUGAAUAAUAAUUUUACUACAGUGGUACCUCCAGUUACAAACGCCUCAGGUUAGAAACAUUUCUGGUUACAAACUUCGCUAACCUGGAAGAGUUACCACGAGUUGAGAACUUUGCCAUGGGAUGAGAACGGAAACCGUGUGCCGGCAGCGCAGCGGCAGCAAGAGGCCCCAUUAGCGAAAGCACACCUCUAGUUAAGAACAGUUUCAGGUUAAGAAUGGAUCGCCAGAACGAAUUAAGUUUGUGACUAGAGGUACCACUGAAGGAAUGGGUUUCCCAAACCCAAAACUGACUGUGCAGGCAGUUUGAAACUGCACCAAAAUCCCUAUUUUUCCUUAGCUAAAAUGCUUUAACUUCAGCUCUUGAGGCAAAACCCAGCUGUAUAAACAAGUGCUCAAAGUUCUCUCCCUUAUCAGUCUAUGAAGGCUGGUAAUGACGGAUGGCUUUGUCCAUUCCAGAGUGGAACAGGGAUGACACUCUGGGCCUUAUCUUACAUCCUGACCACAAAGACCACAAAGAUGCACAGACCUAGUCCGGGAACAGCGCCAGAGUGUGUUCUUGGAGUUGGUGACCUCUUGCUCCAAGUUAAGAGUAUAAGAACAGAAAUACCCUUUUAUGGUCAGAAGUACAGGAAGGAAUACCCUUUUAUGGUUAAAAAUACCGGAGCAGGAACAUAUGUGAUGUCAACCUGCGUGUAUAGGCUGACGUGGUUGGAUUCCUGGGGAAGGAGGGAGAGGGUGCCUGGAGGAUAUAUAUAUACUGCAUGAAAUUUCUCAUUUCUUUGGACUUGCUGUGGACUGACCACGCAAGUGCCUUUCUGCUUUUCCGGAGAGCAGAAAUAAAGAACUCUUUCUCUGAACCAACCCUCGGUGUCAUUUGACUUCCUUCCUCCUGUCCGGGAGCAACGCAGAGCCCACCAAUCGGUAAAGUCUGAUAAGGCUACACCACUGUAUUUAUACCCCACCCAUCUUAAGUGUAGUCAGGAUGUCUGCAGAUCUCCAGAAGCAAACCUUUUAGUAUCUUUAUUUCGGAUCCUAUAAAUUAUGUCUAAUUUGUUCAGUUUGUGUGUUUUUGAAUGAUUUAAGACUAAAUUUUUAUGUUGUAAUUAUUAUUAUUUUCCAUCUUGCAAGCCACCUCAAGCAUGGUAUGAACUAUGGAAAGGCACCACUCCAAUAAAAUUAUGUCUGGAGGUAUAUAGCCAUUCAGCUAAGUACCCACCAUUCACAUCUUAAAAGAGUGAGCUCUGUUGCCAUAGAGAGGAAUGGAUGUGCAUUCUCUUAUCUCACCCAACUGGAAGCCAUGGGAUCCUAGGAUGAAGAAUUCUUCCAGGUAGGCACAUGUGCAUGCAAUUAUGCCCAACAUACUGUAAUGAGUGGGCUUUGUGGGGCUAGUUUCUGUAAAAGCCAGGGCUACUUCCCAUCCUGUAAUCCUUUAGCUGGAGGGGCCUAGAAUCUAUAAGAGGAAACUUCCAGAUCUGGUCUGGUCAGUUCAAUAACCCCAAAAUUCAGAGACCUGUGAAUUUGGAAGGAUGACUAAAUUUCAACUGGCAUACUUUUUCAAAGACUACAACUCAGAUUGGUUCCUAUUUAAAAGGAAACAUCUUCUUCUCCCUCCCAUUCCACCCUCCAUAUUUUACCACUCUUCAUUUUCCACAUUGUGGCCCAGUCCUACUCGCUAGACUGUAUAGAGAGAUCCUCAUCCCCUUUUAGUCUUCCUUUCUUAUGACGUUUUGGGCCUCUCCACAAACCAUGCUUGCUGACACCUCCUUCUCAUGGACGUAAGGUGCCAUUUUGGCUUCACUAGCAAGAACACUCAUGCUUAGAAAUGAAAAACAGAGGGAAAAGGCUUUUGGAUCUGCUUUUAUUGCAAGGCACAAGCUCAGGUAAGCCUUGAAAAUGUUGCUUUUUCAAUCUGGAUGCUUUGGAGAAGAAGUCCCUAACUGGGGAUGAAGCGGGAUCCAGCAGCUCUCAAAGAGAGGGAGCAUCUUCCACUUUUCAAAGGCAUCUAUCACUCCUUCUGUCUAAAACAUAGAAACCAGCAACAAAAAGACAACAGUUAACUUGGUUUCAUAGCAAAGUGACCAUGUUUGAGACACAAAAAGACAAAGCAAGGCAUGUUGGACCACAAGAAAGUUUUCAUGAUAAUAAACCAUUGGGUAGGGAUAGGUCUGUUUCAGUUUUUCAUUUCCAGAAACUAUGAAUUACAUAGAUUCCCCUUUCGAUGAGAAUUGAAUGCAGUCUCUGAGACACCCCUAGCCCUGGGGGACUUUCUUUUCUAGGUACAAUUAAAUAUGUCACGGAAUAGUGAAUGAGCUUGCAAGGAUUCCAAUAUUCUCCUGCAGACUGGAUGUUAUGCACGGCAGGGAUUUGUUGUCUUUGUGGCCCUGAAGAAGAGUUCAGGGUUAACAGGAAGCUUGCACCCCAUUUUGUGAGAGUGUUUUGAGAAACACGGGAGAACUGGCACCCUUGGGUUCAUUCAGUCCAGUUGCUAAUUUCUCUGUAUGCACCCAAGACAAAAGUCUACUGCCUCAGCUUCUUUCAUUAAAAGAUAAAAUAAUAAUGAAUCUGCUUGGAAUUGAAAGUGGGAGAUUUGCAUGGAAUGUAUGGGAUGUGAUACUGAGGUAAUCUUAAACGGUGGAGGGCAGGACACCACACAGAGUAAGAGCCCAGCAUCUGUUAAAGCUGCAGAAUGGACAUCCCUUAGGCACUGAGAUAAACAAUGGAUGAAGCUGCACAACAAAUUAAAUGUGCCCAUCUGGUGUGGUUUAGGGAUUUGGCAAAGGAGAUCUGGCAUAAGCUCAGAGGGCAAAGGGGCCAAAGACAGCUGGACCAGCCAUGAUGCAGGUGAGGACCCUGCUUCUGGUGGCAGAAGCCCCUCAGACAAUAAACCCAUUGGUGCCCCUCCUGCCCUGCUGGUUCUGCUUAUGGUGAGAGAACUCAGCACAAUCUGGCUUAAAAUGGGCAACAAUGGUAGUGCAGCUUCUGUGCCUGCAACCAACAGGGUAUGGUGUGUGUCAGUGGCAGAUCAGGCCAUGGCAGGAGGAGCAGGUAGAUGGGCUUAGGAGCCGUCCUGGCAGAAUGGCAAAGCAGCCAUUACCAUUUUGCAUCAAGCAGCAAAAUGGGAUGUGCCACCCUUGGCUCAUUCUGGCAUAGGUAUUUUUAUUUUUAUUUUUGCAAUGGAGCAAUUGAGCUUGCAGGCAAAGGAUGAUCAGUUUAGGGCACUCUGCAUUGGGUACCUAAAAUGAUCAAUCCAGAGGCUAAUGGGAGAAGUGCAGGAGGUGUAAUACUCUUUUGGUAAGCUGAAAUUACCUUUGGCAACAGGAAUAAUAAUCACUACACCUUCCAAUCUUCUUAGUAUUAUUGGGACAACCCAAUACCAUUGGGAAGCAAAUACCAUUGGUUUUAAAGCAUUGCCUUCUAUUCUGAGGUUCAUCGUCUUGUGCAGAUCCUGUGCAAAGAGAGAAACAAACAUAAGUGGGGAGAAGGAAGUUAAUUCACAAUAGAAUGAAAGAGAGGAACAACUCCACAGCCCUUUGAACAGGAGUGGCUCUGUGACGCUCUGGGUGCUGUGGCAUCCCAACUCCUACCCCCACCCCACCCCUUGCCACUGGCCACUGGUGUUUACCACGCUUGCUACAUUCACAAGAAGAAAUGGUCAAUCUGCUUAUCCAGAUAUUUGCUCCUGAGUGGAGGGUGUCAGUCUACGAAACACGACAGCAAGAAGUGAGGCACACAUGGCUUAUACGUUAUAGAGAAUCUAAAGCCUGGAACUGAAGCCAUCAGAGCCCCAAGGACUACCCAGAAUAAAAGGCUGUAUACUACAUCAAGAAACAUUUCCCACUAAUUAGAAACUUUAUACCCCAAAUUUAUUGGCAGACCUGUGGAAGAGACAAAUCAAAAUUUUAUUUUCUAAAACGUAUUCCAUAAAUUUGCAUAGAAUUGCAUAAAAUCUAACCAAACUGAGAAAAGAAGAGGCUGCUUUUCUUUUUCCUUACCAGUUUUACAUGCGAUGCCAUUUUCCAUAUAUUAAUAAAAAGGUAAAGGACUGUUUUGACAGUUAAUUCCAGUUGCAGACAACUCUGGGAGCCGGCGUUUGACCACAGACAGCUUCCGGGUCACGUGGCCAGCAUGACUAAGCUGCUUCUGGUGAACCAGAGCAGCACCCGGAAACGCCGUUUCCCUUCCUGCCGGAGCUGUACCUAUUUAUCUACUUGCACUUUGAUGUGCUUUCGAAUUGCUAGGUUGGCAGGACCAGGGACCGAGCAAUGGGAACUCACCCCGUCAUGGGGAUUCAAACCACCAACCUUCUGAUCUGCAAGCCCAAGAGGCUCAGUGGUUUAAACCACAGGGCCACCCACGUCCCUUUUUCCUUAUAUUACUCUGCCAUAAUGAAGUCAACAUGUGAACAUCAAAGCACAGCCGUCCUCUGAAAGGCAGCUCUCCCUCCAAGUAAUGUAUUUUAAAAAUGUACAUGAAAAGGUGUAAUUUCAUGACAAUAGCAUGAAAAUAUAGGUUAUAACAGGGCAAAUUGCAUAGCAAUUAUGGGCAUAAUGGGGGAAAUUCAGCAACACAGUGCAUAUAUCCCCUAAUAGAUGCACCCUUGUAGGCCGUUUUGUCUGAUAUAUACAUUUUUAUGCUAAUUUUACCACUAAAGAAAUGUCUCUAGCAAGAAAAGUGAGCUUCCUUUGCAAGGCCACAGAACAGCAACUGUACUCCUCUCCCUCUUCCACCCCACAAUCGGCUGGCAGGUGUCCCUCUGUUUUCUUCCUCUCCAUCCCUUACCUGGGGAAGCCAGGAGCAGCAAAGAGAGAACUGCCAAGCACAGGUGAAGGAUCUUCAUGGCUCAGGAUGAAUUGUGGUGGCAAAGCCAGGCAAAGCCAGCUUUUAAGCCAAAUGGAGCCCCAAAGCUUGCCAAGAGAGGGCUGGGAGGGAGAAGCAGAUUGCAUAAAUGUAAUUUUUUGGGGACGUUGUGACUUAGGCUGACGUGGACAAGAAUGUUGCCAAAAUCACGUGCCUCUGCAAAGGCAUUCCUGCAUUCUGUCAGUCAUAGCAGUUUCCACACAAGAUCACAAACAUUCAGGUGUGCUGUAUUCAUGUUUCAGAGGGAGAUAGCUUAAAUCAAAUGAAACCUUUUUGAGGUGGUUGCAAUGCCCCACAUAGGCAGUGCUAGGGGGAUGUAUCCCUCAGGUAAAUAACUCACCCCUCACCUGUCCCCACCACAUUGCUGGACCCUUGCAAUUAGCUGAAGGAAGGGGACUUUUCACAUGCUCACCUCCCACAAUGAUCAUUCUUAAUCUGGCCAAACUUAGAUUCACAAAAUGUUUAGGGGUAUGCGUUACCCCUGCAUCCCUAAGGAAAUAGCACUGGUAGUAGUAAUAGCUUCAAACAGUUCUUCCAAAAAGAAAAAGAAAGAUUCAAGUCCACCGAUUGAAGAGGUUGAGUGGGACAUGCAGGGCAAGGAGAUUUCAAAGGUGAAAUGAUGGACUCUUUGCUUACUUGAAGGAAAGGCAAUCUUCACAUGCUCUCUUGUCCUUUUUCUCAUUCUUGCAAUCAUCAUCAUCAUCAUCAUCAUCAUCAUCAUCCUUUUUCGCAAACACCUUUUUCUAACUAGACUCAAAGCAACUUACAAAAAUAUUUUCAAACAUGAGGGGCUCUGCUUCUCUGCUUGCUCCACCUGCCAUGUCCACUCUGCACCCCAUCAUAAUUGGCCAACCUGUCCUUUCCUUUCUCCUUUCCACCCUUGAAGAUGACUAAGCCCCCUUUCCCCCUUCCCAACCCUGUUUCUGAAGCUGCUUCACUCUUCUGUCCUGCGCUCCUUGGAGUCGCUGUUAUUUGUGACUAAAGAUCAGGGGUGAUGGUCUCCAGAACAGAAACAUCCAAAGGCUGAUGAGUUAACCUUCUCUGCUUUGAGGUUUCAUUUGAGCUUUCAUGCUCAGGCCUGGUGCUUUCAUGUGCAAGGUGCUUGAAACUGAAUAUGGAACCCUUUGCAAGGAAUAUAUGGAACCUAAUCCUCAGCUAACAGACGCGGGUGCGCUGUGCUCUAAACCACUGAGCCUUGGGCUUGCCAAUCAAAACGUCGGCAGUUCAAAUCCCCGUUACAUGGUGAGCUCCCGUUGUUCGGUCCCAGCUCCUGGCAACCUAGCAGUUCGAAAGCAUACCAAAAAAUGCAAGUAGAUAAAUAGGUACCGUUCCUGCGGGAAGGUAAAAGGUGUUUCCAUGCACUGUUCUGAUUUCGCCAGAAGCGGCUUAGUCAUUCUGGCCACAUGACGUUGAAAAACUGUCUGCGGACAAAUGUAGGCUCCCUCAGCCAGUAAAGCAAGGUGAGCUCAGCAACUCCAGGGUCGUCCGCGACUGGACUUAACUGUCAAGGGUCCUUUACCUUUUAAUCCUCAGCUAUUCAAACCAGAUGGAGGGGAGAAGAUCACACUGAGCAAAUGUCCAGCAGCUAUUGAAGUUUUAGGAUGGACAGUUAUGGUAAUCCCUUUCCACUGAGAUAAACAAUAGAUGAAACUGCAUAUUAAUCUAAACAAUCAAAUACCAUGUGAUUGAAGAAUUCGACCAAGAAGAAUUGGCAAAACCUCACAGAGCAAAGCAACCAAAGACAGGGCUGAUCCCAGAGCCGAACAAGCCUUGAGGCAGGUGAGGACGCUGCUCCAGGUGGCAGAAGCCCCCAACCAGGCACAAUGCCCAUGGGUGCCCCUCCUGCCCUGCUGCUUCUGCCAGUGGAGGAGAAGCACCAGUACCAUCAGCACUGAUUUUGGGCUGCCAUUUGGGGCAAAACGGGAAGUGCCGCCCUAGGCUGAUUCUGCCAUAGGUGUCUUUUGCAAUGGACAAAGUAUGAAAACAACUGGCUGUGCAACCAAUUAAGCUUGCAAUCACAGGACGAUGUAUUCAGGGACCACUUAAGUAAUUGAUGCUUUGUGUAACUAAUGGAACAGGUAGCUGGUACUCACUGCUCUAUGAAAAUGACAUUCUGUGUAAUAAAAAGGUUGCAUUAGAGAUACGUUGUACUGCCAGUGGUUGUUUAAUUAAUGAAAAACCUAAUUAAGACAACUGUAAAUCUUGCAGGCUGUAUAAUCAACCUACAUAAUGACUAUAAUGAGUUUUGUUUUGGUUAAUUCUGUUUCUGAAGGAAUAGAAUGGCUCUAAGACAUGGAUGGGAAGAGGGAGGGAGGAGAGAUGAGUUUGUAGCGAUGCAGUUUUUACAUAAUGGAUGAAAUAAUAAAGUUUUAAUGGAUAACUCAAAUGGAUAUAGCAGACAAAUGCUAUAUUAAAGGAGGUUAAACUGGAAUCAGAUAAAUGAUCAUCAACUUGUAAAGAAACCUGUUGUUCAUGUUAGCAGGCAUCCUAAAAGUUUUACAUGGGUUGUGGGGAGGAGAAAUGAUACUUUCCUCUGGACACUUGUUUGACUCUCAUUCGCCAAGCAGAAGUUCCCUUCUGCAACAAUUAUACAGUGGUGGACAGCUCCCAAUGUCAGUGAAGACAGCAGGACAUCAUCAACAGGAGGCAGAUAUAAUCGGUUUGUAACAGGCCAAAUCCUGUGUAGAGGGAGAACAAAUACCAUGGUCCACAAGUGAAAGGAAAGUUCAUUCAGAAGAGCAUGAAACGGAGGCACAACUUCAUAGGCCCCCCUAAAAUAAAUCUUGGCUGGACCCUUGCGGUUACCUGAACGAAGAGCACCUUUCACAACAAUAAUUGGCCAGCCUGUCCUUUCCCUUCUCCUUUCCACCGUAGAGGAUGACUAAGCCAUUUACUUACUUACUUACUUACUUACUUACCUACUCAAGGUAAAGGGACCCCUGACCAUUACGUCCAGUUGUGGCCGACUCUGGGGCUGUGGCGCUCAUCUCGCUUUAUUGGCCGAGGGAGGCGGCAUACACCUUCCGGGUCAUGUGGCCAGCAUGACUAAGCCGCUUCUGGCAAACCAGAGCAGCGCACGGAAACACCGUUUACCUUUCUGCCAGAGCGGUACCUAUUUAUCCACUUCUCUUUGACGUGCUUUAGAAAUGCUAGGUUGGCAGGAGCAGGGACCGAGCAACGGGAGUUCAUCCCGUUGCAGGGAUUCGAACCACCGACCUUCUGAUCAGCAAGUCCUAGGCUCUGUGGUUUAACCCACUGCGCCACCCGCGUCCCUUACAACGCCACCCGCGUCACUUACUUACUUACUUAUUUAAUCUACCGCUUUAUAACUGGGGGUCUCAGGGCAGUUCACAGAAUAAAAUUAAGAUAUAAUACCACAAAAUAACCGAUAUAACAUGCUGGGAAGGGAGGGGAGCAAUUGUGCAAUCUACAAGAAAUAAAGAUAGCUCCUACAUUAACCCUGAAUCAGCAGGUGGAGGUUAAGCAGAUCCUACAAGAUUAUAAAGACAUUUUCAGUAACACUACAGGUAGAGCUAAAGGAGUUAUACAUCAUAUCGACACUGGGGAUGCUAAGCCUAUUGCUGUCAACCCCUACAGAAUAACUGGAGAGUAUGUGGGGAAAGUUAGCAAUGAGGUAAGGGCGAUGCUGAAGGCAGGGAUGAUAAUCCCUUCGGAAAGCCGCUGGGCAGCACCCAUAGUGUUAUUAGACAAACCUGAUGGAUCUAUUAGAUUUUGCCUGGAUUAUAGGAAGCUGAACCAUGUCACUAAAGCGGAUGCAUAUCCAAUGCCCCGUUUAGAUGACCUGAUCGAAGCUAUAGGCCAGUGUCAUUACAUCACCUGCCUAGACUUAACAAAGGGGUACUAUCAAGUGGAAAUGGACCCUAGGGACCAGGAGAAAACUGCGUCCAGAAGUCCCUUAGGGCUGUUUGAGUUUAAAGUAAUGCCCUUUGGCUUAAAGAAUGCGCCAGCAACUUUUCAGCGAUUGGUGGACAAAAUCCUGAACGGAUUAAGAGAGUUCACAGUUGCUUAUUUGGACGAUAUUGCUGUGUACAGUCCAACUUGGGAGAAACACAAAGAGCACUUAGGGAUAGUGCUACAGCGAAUUAAAGAGGCGGGCUUAACCAUCAAAGCUAGCAAAUGCCAGAUAGGGGGCUUGACUAUUCAAUACCUGGGACACAUGGUGGGAGGAAGAGUGAUGAAACUUUUAGAGACAAAGGUAGAAGCCAUUUCAAACUGGCCUACCCCUACCUCCAAGAAGAAAGUCAGAGCUUUCCUAGGACUAGCCAGUUAUUAUCGCAAAUUUAUUCCGAAAUUUAGCGAGAUAGCAGUGCCUUUAUCUGACCUAACGCGGAAGAAGGAGCCAGACAUGGUUAACUGGACAGCAGCAUGUCAGCGGGCGUUUGACGCCUUAAAAAGCGCCUUGACAUCAAAUCCAGUCCUUGUUGCUCCUGAUUAUGAUCGUGAGUUCACCGUCUUCACCGAUGCCUCCAAUGCCGGGAUCGGGGCUGUGCUGUGCCAACAGGGAGAGAAGGACGACCUGCAUCCCAUCACCUUCCUAAGCAAGAAACUACUACCAAGGGAAAGACAUUAUUCGACCAUCGAGAAGGAAUGCCUUGCCAUCGUGUGGGCAUUACAGAAACUGAAGCCGUACAUCUGGGGCCGAACUUUUACUUUAUGUACUGACCAUUCACCCUUGCUGUGGCUGAGAACCAUGAAGACCAACAGUAAGCUGAUGAGGUGGGCCCUAUCACUGCAAGACUUUAAUUUUACGGUUAAAAAUGUGAAAGGGACCCUGAACACCGUUGCAGACGCCUUAUCCAGAAGACCUGCAAUUGAAAGUUAACUGAAUGCUUAAGAUGUAACAGGUUUUUGUAUAUAUGUAUAUUUUUCCAGAACACAGUAUUUGAUGUACAAAUGUUAGGUGUGAUGUGAAGGGUGAAAUGACAGGUUAGGAAAUGUUUAUUUGCCAUAAAGAUGUACUGCUGAUUGAUCAGGAGAAUAACUAGGUUGAGUUAUCCCUCCUGAGUCAGUCUUCUUAAGGGGGGAGGAAUGUGGCGUUUGCCUCCUAGGAUGCGUCAUAGGAAAGGGUUAAAAUGAGUGUGAUGUGAUUGGCCAGUGAGAAUGCAAGGGGGGAGUAAAAGUUAGAGUGGGAGACUUUGAAAGUCAGUUGAGGUUUGGGAGUUGAGAGUUGAGGUUUGGGAGUUGAAGAAGGAAGAGGGAGGAUUGUAUGUGGGUUGGUAGAGAUGUAUUGUGAGAGGAAUUGUCAGGUGGAGUCAGAUAGAUAGUUGGGAAUAAUCAGUUUGGAGUUGUUAGGAACUAAGAUUAAGAAACUGACAAGAGAAAAAUAAACUGAAACCAUACGCUUGUUCCUGCAUUUAAAAGUAAACUUGAUUAUUUGUUAAUGUUAACAACUGUCUGGACUCCGUGUGUCCCCAUGAGAAGCGGGGGGGUGGCAGCGAAGAAAGCAAUCACAGUGGUGGCACAGGGUCAAUAGACCAUCAAACGUCCGGGGGCCCUGUGUGAUCGCCACAGUAAGUGAGUAAGUAAAUGGCUUAGUCAUCCUCUAUGGUGUAAAGGAGAAGGGAAUGGACAGGUUGGCCAAUUGUUAUUGUGAAAGGUGCCCUUCCUUCAGGUAACCACAAGGGUCCAGCAAUGUGAUGGGAACAGGUGAGGGGUGAGUUAUUUACCUGAGGGAUACAUCCCCCUGGCACUGCCUAUUCUCCUCAUAAACUUUUUGUUUGAUCCAAGCUAUCUCCUUGUGAAACAUGAAUGCAGCAGAUCUGAAUGUUUGCGAUCUGUAGUUGGGAUCCUACUUCUGCGGAAACUGCUAUGACUACCAGAUUUCAGCAAUAUCUUCCCACAAGCAUGUGAUUUUGGCAACAUUCUCCUCCAUGUCAGCCUAAGUCAAAAUGUUCCAAACAAAUUAAAAAUAUGGGAAGCAUGGGUGCAGCCAAGAUUUAUUUUAGGGGGGUCGGCUAUGAAGUUGUGCCUCCGUUUCUUCCUCUUAUGAAUGAACUUUCCUUUUACUUGUGGACCAUGGUAUUUGUUCUUCCUCUACACAGGAUUUGGCCUGUUACAAACCGAUUAUAUCUGCCUCCUGUUGAUGAUGUCCUGCUGUCUUCACUGACAUUGGGAGCUGUCCACCACUGUAUAAUUGUUGCAGAAGGGAACUUCAGCUUAGCAAAGGAGAAUCAAACAAGUGUCCAGAGGAAAGUAUUAUUUCUUCUCCCCGCACCAUGCCCCUCUUGUAGCAUUUUUUGGAUCAAUCAUUUUCAGGAGCCUCUGAUCUGAGUAGCUUUAGGCUACCACCCUAAAUGGACAUCCCUUCUCGGAUUUAGGCAUAGGGAGCCAGUGAACUGAGAAAAUAGUUUCAUUACGUAAAACUUUUAUGAUGCCUGCUAACAUGAACCAUAGGUUUCUUUACAAGUUGAUGAUCAUUUAUCUGAUUCCAGUUUAACCUCCUUUAAUAUAGCAUUUUUCUGCUAUAUCCAUUUGAGUUUUCCAUUAAACCUUUAUUAUUUCCUCCAUUAUGUAAAAACUGCAUCAAUACAAACUCAUCUCACCUCCCUGCCUCUUUCCUCCAUUCUGUGUCUUAGAGCCAUUCUAUUCCGUCAGAAACAGAAAAAAGCAGUUGUCAUAAUUAGGUUUUUCAUUAAUUAAACAACCACUGGCAGUACAAAGUAUCUCUAAUGCAACCUUUUUAUUACACAGAAUGUCAUUUUGAUAGAGCAGUGAGUACUAGCUACCUGUUCCAUUUGUUACACAAAGCAUCAAUUACUUAAGUGGUCCCUGAAUACAUCGUCCUUUGAUUGCAAGCUUAAUUGGUUGCGCAGCCAGUUGUUUCCAUACUUUGUCCAUUGCAAAAGACACCUAUGGCAGAAUCAGCUUAGGGCGGCACAUCCCUUAUUCCCCCAAAUGGCUGUGAACUUUUCCAAAAUCAGUGCUGAUGAUACUGGUGCUUCUCCUCCACUGGCAGAAGCAGCAGGGCAGGAGGGGCACCCAUGGGCAUUGUGCCUGGUUGGGGGCUUCUGCCACCUGGAGCAGCGUCCUCACCUGCCUCAAGGCUUGUUCGGCUCUGGGAUCAGCCCUGUCUUUGGUUGCUUUGCUCUGUGAGGUUUUGCCAAUUCUUCUUGGUCGAAUUCUUCAAUCACAUGGUAUUUGAUUGUUUAGAUUAAUAUGCAGUUUCAUCUAUUGUUUAUCUCAGUGGAAAGGGAUUACCAUAACUGUCCAUCCUAAAACUUCAAUAGCUGCUGGACAUUUGCUCAGUGUGAUCUUCUCCCCUCCAUCUGGUUUGAAUAGCUGAGGAUUAAAAGGUAAAGGACCCUUGACAGUUAAGUCCAGUCGCGGACGACCCUGGAGUUGCUGAGCUCACCUUGCUUUACUGGCUGAGGGAGCCUACAUUUGUCCGCAGACAGUUUUUCAAGGUCAUGUGGCCAGCAUGACUAAGCCGCUUCUGGCGAAAUCAGAAGAGUGCACGGAAACACCUUUUACCUUCCCGCAGGAGCGGUACCUAUUUAUCUACUUGCAUUUUUUGGUGUGCUUUCGAACUGCUAGGUUGCCAGGAGCUGGGACCGAACAACGGGAGCUCACCAUGUAACGGGGAUUUGAACUGCCGACGUUUUGAUUGGCAAGCCCAAGGCUCAGUGGUUUAGACCACAGCGCACCCGCGUCUGUUAGCUGAGGAUUAGGUUCCAUAUAUUCCUUGCAAAGGGUUCCAUAUUCAGUUUCAAGCACCUUGCACAUGAAAGCACCAGGCCUGAGCAUGAAAGCUCAAAUGAAACCUCAAAGCAGAGAAGGUUAACUCAUCAGCCUUUGGAUGUUUCUGUUCUGGAGACCAUCACCCCUGAUCUUUAGUCACAAAUAACAGCGACUCCAAGGAGCGCAGGACAGAAGAGUGAAGCAGCUUCAGAAACAGGGUUGGGAAGGGGGAAAGGGGGCUUAGUCAUCUUCAAGGGUGGAAAGGAGAAAGAAAAGGACAGGUUGGCCAAUUAUGAUGGGGUGCAGAGUGGACAUGGCAGGUGGAGCAAGCAGAGAAGCAGAGCCCCUCAUGUUUGAAAAUAUUUUUGUAAGUUGCUUUGAGUCUAGUUAGAAAAAGGUGUUUGCGAAAAAGGAUGAUGAUGAUGAUGAUGAUGAUGAUGAUUGCAAGAAUGAGAAAAAGGACAAGAGAGCAUGUGAAGAUUGCCUUUCCUUCAAGUAAGCAAAGAGUCCAUCAUUUCACCUUUGAAAUCUCCUUGCCCUGCAUGUCCCACUCAACCUCUUCAAUCGGUGGACUUGAAUCUUUCUUUUUCUUUUUGGAAGAACUGUUUGAAGCUAUUACUACUACCAGUGCUAUUUCCUUGGGGGAUGCAGGGGUAACGCAUACCCCUAAACAUUUUGUGAAUCUAAGUUUGGCCAGAUUAAGAAUGAUCAUUGUGGGAGGUGAGCAUGUGAAAAGUCCCCUUCCUUCAGCUAAUUGCAAGGGUCCAGCAAUGUGGUGGGGACAGGUGAGGGGUGAGUUAUUUACCUGAGGGAUACAUCCCCCUAGCACUGCCUAUGUGGGGCAUUGCAACCACCUCAAAAAGGUUUCAUUUGAUUUAAGCUAUCUCCCUCUGAAACAUGAAUACAGCACACCUGAAUGUUUGUGAUGUUGUGUGGAAACUGCUAUGACUGACAGAAUGCAGGAAUGCCUUUGCAGAGGCACGUGAUUUUGGCAACGUUCUUGUCCACGUCAGCCUAGGUCACAACGUCCCCAAAAAAUUACAUUUAUGCAAUCUGCUUCUCCCUCCCAGCCCUCUCUUGGCAAGCUUUGGGGCUCCAUUUGGCUUAAAAGCUGGCUUUGCCUGGCUUUGCCACCACAAUUCAUCCUGAGCCAUGAAGAUCCUUCACCUGUGCUUGGCAGUUCUCUCUUUGCUGCUCCUGGCUUCCCAGGUAAGGGAUGGAGAGGAAGAAGACAGAGGGACACCUGCCAGCCGAUUGUGGGGUGGAAGAGGGAGAGGAGUACAGUUGCUGUUCUGUGGCCUUGCAAAGGAAGCUCACUUUUCUUGCUAGAGACAUUUCUUUAGUGGUAAAAUUAGCAUAAAAAUGUAUAUAUCAGACAAAACUGCCUACAAGGGUGCAUCUAUUCGGGGAUAUAUGCACUGUGUUGCUGAAUUUCCCCCAUUAUGCCCAUAAUUGCUAUGCAAUUUGCCCUGUUAUAACCUGUAUUUUCAUGCUAUUGUCAUGAAAUUACACCUUUUCAUGUACAUUUUUAAAAUACAUUACUUGGAGGGAGAGCUGCCUUUCAGAGGACGGCUGUGCUUUGAUGUUCACAUGUUGACUUCAUUAUGGCAGAGUAAUAUAAGGAAAAGGGGACAUGAGUGGCCCUGUGGUUUAAACUACUGAGCCUCUUGGGCUUGCAGAUCAGAAGGUUGGUGGUUUGAAUCCCCACGACGGGGUGAGUUCCCAUUGCUCGGUCUCUGGUCCUGCCAACCUAGCAAUUCGAAAGCACAUCAAAGUGCAAGUAGAUAAAUAGGUACAGCUCCGGCAGGAAGGGAAACGGUGUUUCCGUGUGCUGCUCUGGUUCACCAGAAGCAGCUUAGUCAUGCUGGCCACGUGACCCGGAAGCUGUCUGUGGUCAAACGCCGGCUCCCAGAGUUGUCUGCAACUGGAAUUAACUGUCAAAACAGUCCUUUACCUUUUUAUUAAUAUAUGGGAAAUGGCAUCGCAUGUAACACUGGUAAGGAACAAGAAAAGCAGCCUCUUCUUUUCUCAGUUUGGUUAGAUUUUAUUCAAUUCUAUGCAAAUUUAUGGAAUACGUUUUAGAAAAUAAAAUUUUGAUUUGUCUCUUCCACAGGUCUGCCAAUAAAUUUGGGGUAUAAAGUUUCUAAUUAGUGGGAAAUGUUUCUUGAUGUAGUAUACAGCCUUUUAUUCUGGGUAGUCCUUGGGGCUCUGAUGGCUUCAGUUCCAGGCUUUAGAUUCUCUAUAACGUAUAAGCCAUGUGUGCCUCACUUCUUGCUGUCGUGUUUCGUAGACUGACACCCUCCACUCAGGAGCAAAUAUCUGGAUAAGCAGAUUGACCAUUUCUUCUUGUGAAUGUAGCAAGCGUGGUAAACACCAGUGGCCAGUGGCAAGGGGUGGGGUGGGGGGUAGGAGUUGGGAUGCCACAGCACCCAGAGCGUCACAGAGCCACUCCUGUUCAAAGGGCUGUGGAGUUGUUCCUCUCUUUCAUUUUAUUGUGAAUUAACUUCCUUCUCCCCACUUAUGUUUGUUUCUCUCUUUGCACAGGAUCUGCACAAGACGAUGAACCUCAGAAUAGAAGGCAAUGCUUUAAAACCAAUGGUAUUUGCUUCCCAAUGGUAUUGGGUUGUCCCAAUAAUACUAAGAAGAUUGGAAGGUGUAGUGAUUAUUAUUCCUGUUGCCAAAGGUAAUUUCAGCUUACCAAAAGAGUAUUACACCUCCUGCACUUCUCCCAUUAGCCUCUGGAUUGAUCAUUUUAGGUACCCAAUGCAGAGUGCCCUAAACUGAUCAUCCUUUGCCUGCAAGCUCAAUUGCUCCAUUGCAAAAAUAAAAAUAAAAAUACCUAUGCCAGAAUGAGCCAAGGGUGGCACAUCCCAUUUUGCUGCUUGAUGCAAAAUGGUAAUGGCUGCUUUGCCAUUCUGCCAGGACGGCUCCUAAGCCCAUCUACCUGCUCCUCCUGCCAUGGCCUGAUCUGCCACUGACACACACCAUACCCUGUUGGUUGCAGGCACAGAAGCUGCACUACCAUUGUUGCCCAUUUUAAGCCAGAUGGUGCUGAGUUCUCUCACCAUAAGCAGAACCAGCAGGGCAGGAGGGGCACCAAUGGGUUUAUUGUCUGAGGGGCUUCUGCCACCAGAAGCAGGGUCCUCACCUGCAUCAUGGCUGGUCCAGCUGUCUUUGGCCCCUUUGCCCUCUGAGCUUAUGCCAGAUCUCCUUUGCCAAAUCCCUAAACCACACCGUAUGGGCACAUUUAAUUUGUUGUGCAGCUUCAUCCAUUGUUUAUCUCAGUGCCUAAGGGAUGUCCAUUCUGCAGCUUUAACAGAUGCUGGGCUCUUACUCUGUGUGGUGUCCUGCCCUCCACCAUUUAAGAUUACCUCAGUUUCACAUCCCAUACAUUCCAUGCAAAUCUCCCACUUUCAAUUCCAAGCAGAUUCAUUAUUAUUUUAUCUUUUAAAGAAAGAACCUGAGGCAGUAGACUUUUGUCUUGGGUGCAUACAGAGAAAUUAGCAACUGGACUGAAUGAACCCAAGGCUGCCAGUUCUCCCGUGUUUCUCAAAACAUUGUCACAAAAUUGUGAGCAAGCUUCCUAUUUCCCCAGAACUCUUCCUUGGGGCCACAAAGACAACAAAUCCUUGCCGUGCAUAACAUCCAGUCUGCAGGAGAAUUUUGGAAUCCUUGCAAGCUCACUCACUAUUCUGUGACAUAUUUAAUUGUACCUAGAAAAGAAAGUCCCCCAGGGGUAGGGGUGUCUGAGACACUGCGUUUAAUUCUCAUCGAAAGGUGAAUCUUUGUAAUUCAUAGUUUCUGUAAAUGAAAAACUGAAACAGACCUAUCCCUACCCAAUGGCUUAUUAUCAUGAAAACUUUCUUGUGGUCCAACAUGCCUUGCUUUGUGUUUUCAUGUCUCAAACAUGGUCACUUUGCUAUGAAACUGAGUUAACUCUUGUCUUUUUGUUUCUGGUUUCUGUAUUUUAGACGGGAGGAGUGAUAGAUGCCUUUGAAAAGUGGGAGAUGCUCCCUCUCUUUGAGAGCCGCUGGAUCCCGCUUGAUCCCCAGCUAGGGACUUCUUCUCCAAAGCAUCCAGAUUGAAAAAAGCAACAGUUUCAAGGCUUACCUGAGCUUGUGCCUUGCAAUAAAAGCAGAUCCAAAAGCCU